UUCGCAAGCAGCCAGCCAUGGCGCUCCAUCUUCACCACCUCCUCCUCCUACUCCUCCUCCUUGUGCUAUCCACCGCCUCCGCCACCCACUCGCCGGAGACCGCCACCGCCUCCGCGCGCACCCACCACCACCACCACCGCGCGCCGUUCGGCACGGCCACCGCCCACUUCCACCCCGUCCCUGCCGCCGCGCCCUCCUUGCACCAGAACCACCUCCACGCCGACAGCCAGUCCCUGCUCUCCCCCGUCGGCGUCGACCCCGUCCUCGCCGACGCGCAGCCCACGGACGCGGCGGAGGCCCGUCCCGCUCCGCCCGUCCUCCCGGUGCAGGAUCUCGCGGAGGCGACGCCGCAGCCGCAGGAGGAGGGUUCCGCGCCGACGACGCCCGCUGCAGCGACGACAUCUACGACCAGCACGCUUCUCCCGCACCCUGCUACGGUGGCGACGACGACCGCGAGCCCGCCUCUGCCUCCGCCUCCACCUCCCGCCGCGUCCGACGCCGAGCAUGGGCUGCAGCAGCUCGCCAGGGUGCUCACCUCGCUCGGGUACAACGAGAUGGCGUCGGAGGCGCCGCUCCUCGCCCACGACCCGCCGCUCGCGAGGUGGCCCGGGGCCAUCACCGUCUUCGCGGCCCCCGACGCCUUCCUCCAGGCCUCCUGCCCCAUGUGCUCGCGCCGCCACCUCCUCCAGCAGCACAUCGCCAUGGGCUACUACCCCUACUCCGACCUCGCCGCCGCCGCCACCAUGAAGAUCCCCUCCGCCUCCGUCGGCUUCUGCAUCAAGGUCGUCACCGAGCGGGGCCCCUUCGGCAUCCACUACGCCAGGAUCUACGCCGACGGCGUCGAGGUGUCGCACCCCGAGCUCUACAACGACGGCCGCUACGUCGUCCACGGCCUUCACGGCUUUCUGCGCCCGCUCACGCACUCCUGCUUCGACGGCCCGCACCACCACCACAUCACCGGCACAGGCCGCUCCGCGGCCACCGCUGCCUCCGUGGUGCGCGUCAUGAUCCGCGACGCCAUGGCGCGACUCCGCGACGGAGGAUACGGCUUCAUGGCGCUGGCCAUGCGCGUCAAGUUCGCCGAGCUCGAGAAGUUCGCCAACCUCACGCUCUUCGCGCUCGACGACCCGGCCAUCUUCGUCGGCGGAGGCCACGACUACGUCUCCGCGGUGCGCUUCCACAUCGUCCCCGACCACCGCCUCACCCGCGCCGACCUCCACCGCCUCCGCCCCGGCACGAUCCUCCCCACGCUCGCAGGCGAGGGCCAGAGCCUCGUCAUCACCCACGGCUCAGCCUCCGACGAUGACGUCCGCGUCAACUACAUACCCAUCAAGGAGCCCGACGUGGUGGUCAACUCGCGCAUCGCCGUCCACGGCGUCUACGUGCCGUUCCCCCGCCUCCACCUCGCCGACCUCGCCGCCUCGGUCGCCGUCGCGUCCGCCACCGACCAGUCGAACGGCACCUGCCGCGACGGGGGGGCCUUCGGCGACUGCCCCUCAUCAGCGAUCACCUCCCCGGGCAAGAGGCAAGUGGCUCACAGCGAGUGAUGCGUGAGUCGUCUCGAUCCUUUUGAUCUGUUAUGUUUCUAGCCAUGGAGGAUUUACUGCUAGUUAGUUGGUAGUGGUUCAGAUGAGAGAUUGUGCAGUCGUAUGGAUGUCGCGAUGAGCAAUGUGUUCUACCUCUGAACUCUGAUGACAUUUUGUGGCACCUAGCUUAUCAAGUAGUACGACUUGAAUGAAUUUUGGUGCGAAUUUGGAUGAUCUUCUCGUUGCUCUGUUC